UUCAGAAACUCCUUGUUCGGGGUGGGGGCGUGUGGUGAGAAGAGUUACCUCAUCUUGCAUCUCCCUCACUUCACACUACGGGAUGCUCCUGUUUCUCUGCUGAAGUUUCGUGAUUGCUGGCAAAAUGUGGGUACAGUGUGAGAACAGCAGCUGUUUAAAGUGGAGACUGUUGCCGCAUGAUGCUGCUGCACAUGUUGAUCUAAAUGCACCGUGGUACUGCUACAUGAAUAUUGAUCCACAGUUUAACAAAUGCUCUGUGUCUGAAGAAGGUUUUCCUGGGGAAUCUCAAUUUCGAAAACACGGAUUAAAAUUUACGUAUUCAAAACUUCCUUUAGGAAGUUUAGUUUUGGUGAAAAUGCAAACAUGGCCACGAUGGCCUGGUAUUCUCUGUCCUGAUCCUGUUAAUGGACAGUAUGUGACACAUGACUUGGAUGGAAAUGUUGAAAGUCACCAUGUAGAAUUUCUGGGGAAACCCCAUUCAAGGCAAUGGAUUCUCAUAAAAUACAUUGGCCAUUAUCCUAGUUCAUUUACGGCAGAUGUAUGCAGGAGAAAAAAAGGCUGGUAUAGAAGUGCAUUGGAAGAAGCUGACAAACUGCUUGCCUGUUCUGUUCAGCAAAGGCUUGAUUCAUGCUAUUUAUCAAAAAAAGGCACAAUGAAAAAUAAAGAAGCUAAAACAAAAAUGGACACAAUACUGUGCAGUAAAGUGAUAAAACCUUGGGCAAAAGUAUGUGAGAAGAAAAAUAGCUACAGAAAUGGAAGGGGAAAAAAUAAAAGAAUUUCAUCAUGUUUACUUCAAAAAGGAGCCUCAGAAGAUAUAUUGUCGACAGAAAAUCUAGUUCUUUCUGAGACAGAAAUUAUACUGAAAGAUUUGGACCAAUUUCUUAUGCAUGUUGCAGACUCCUCCAAGUCAUCUUUCAAGUCAUACGUGGAUGGAAAAGACAACAAUGGAAGGGAUGAGGUAGCUAAGUGCUGCAUGGCAUUUACUGAAAAAAGACCAAUGGAAAUCAACACUCUGGAGGACAGUAUUAUAAUUGAUGGGAAAGCUUUCAAGGCUGAAGAGUGCAUUGAGAACAUAACAGACAGAUUUAAGGAAAUAGAUUCUUUAAUGGCUGAAUUCCAAGACAGCUUGUAG